AUGGUUGUAAUGAAUGCUGCUAGUCCGAAGGUGGCAGGAGGUGAUAAGCCAGAACCUCUUCAGUGUAAGCAAAGGUGGCAGAAUCUGAAUGAUCUUGUUUGCAAGUUCUGUGGAUCAUAUGCGGCCGCAACAAGACAGAAAACUAGUGGUCAGAGCGAGAGUGAUGUUGUGAAACUGGCACACGAAAUAUUUUUCAAUGAUCACAAGAUUAAAUUUAAUCUCCACCAUGCUUGGGAGGAGCUCCGCUAUGACCAGAAAUGGUCUGAGCAUGCUACUAGUAAGCUUGGUGGAAACGGUCAGAAGAGAAAGUACGAGGAUGGAGCAGAAACAGCAAGCUCUCAAGCAACCAUCAAUCUAGACGAGCAACCUACCAAACGGCCAGCUGGUGUUAAGGCUUCGAAAGCAGCUUCUGCAAAGAAACCAAUCGUAGAUAAUGAGGCUUCAUUAAAGUUUCAGACCAAGUGCUCUAUUAAAGAGAAAGACUUGGCCCUGCAAGAGAGAGUUUCGAAAAUGGCUCUGCUUAACAGCCUCAUUUCAAAAACAGACCCACUUUCUGAAAUAGAACAAGCCGUAAAGACUAAGCUUCUUACAGAGAUGCUGGAUAACUAG